CAAACUCCGAGCAUGUACCUUUUAUUUUGAAUUCGGAUAUAUUCCACUCAAGAAAGUGCAACAUUCCAAACAGACAUACAUUGUCCGCCGCGGAAGUGUUCGCUCACGGCUACAUUUUGCGUAAAACCCUGAGACUUUUCACCUGGACAAACACAUGCAUUCUUAUUAGUAAUCCUGAUAAUGGGCCGGUGAGCAACUGGGGUCCCACUCGGCGAUCUGGCUUUGACACUGGCACCUAGUAUGGCUGCAAAAAAGAUUACAAAAAUAGUCUAGUUUCCGCAUGAGUCGAAAAAGAUGCAAAAGCCAGAUGAACCAGAUGACUUGGGGCUGGGCGGGAGAGACCGGAGGGCAGAGGCUGAGACAAAACCAGGAGGCCCUCACAUUCGGGGACUGCCAGCGGGUGAGCACGAUAUCGGGGAGAUUCGGAACAUCAUGUGCCAGAUUGCCUCAAGGCUGAGGACUGCCCAUGUUCAUGAUAUCGAGUUCCAGCUUAUUGGAAUUGCAUUCAAACUUGACUGUGUCUGCUGACUGCUGCCAGUUCUCACUAUUGGUACAUUUAUUCUCUCAUGCUGCACUUCGUCUCAGCCUUACGACUCGGAGACCGAUCUCCGUCCCACCACGGCAUUCGGGUUCCGCCUCUAUCAUUACAUAGUACUGGAGAUGAGGAAUCCAUGCACUGCAUGCAGCCCUAUUCCACCCGUUGAGGCAUGACGUUUCGAGCAAUCACCGAGCCCGCAAUCGUCAAGAUUCCUUUGUCUUGGCUGGCACUCGUUGAACUCAUAGACGGGCGGCAUCGGCCGCAUGGUCAUUGUUGUACAAAUAUGCGUUACUUGGUUGAAAUCUUUUUCUAGGCCUCAAACGAGCGUUCGCCCUCUUUGGGCUGCAGCUCUUUGGUCUCAACUUUGACAACAUGAGCUGAUCUCGGGCCAGAGUUCAAGUCUGCUGUGAGUUUCUUCAACGAAUCCGGGUCGCCUUGAGCUUCUCCAGCCACCUCGAAUGCCGUCAGCCAAAGUGGCGAAUGAGUAAGAUGAGGAAGAACAGGUACCUACCUUGCCGUCUGAGGUGUUCUUGACAUACCCUGUGAUGCCGUAGUGAGAGGCUUUCCGCUGGACAAAGGCACUACUCAACGGUCAGGAAUGCACCACAAUUUGGUCGCGUGCCCUCCAGGCUGGAAAAAGACGUACCGGAAGCCAACACCUUGGACCGUGCCAUGGACGGUAAAUGCAAUCCGCUUCAGAUUUGACAUGUUGGGCAGAAGUGAACUACUCGUUGACGAUUGUAAAGUGUUUCAGCAGCGAAAAAGGGUGGACAGAAGAGACCUCUUGGAAGCGUUCCAUACUACUAUCAAACAGUCCCUCGACUCGACAUGGUUUCUCGAAAAUGCGAUGCAUUCUGAACCAAACAGCGGGAAUGCGGGGCAGAUUGGCCGGUGAUGACGCCAGAAGGACGUUUCAGCCAGCGUUAAUUCGGGAUAAGGUACCUUGCUUAGACCCUUUCCGGUUAAGAGCCAGACGGCGUAGUCAACGCUAGAACCCUUUCGUCUGUUAGUUCAAAUCUUGGCUUAGUCAGGCCUCUUGUGCCAGAAAGCCAAUCAUGGAUUAGGCUGUGCGGUGCCUGCGGACUGUGGAGAGCGGAAACGCGUCGCAGCCUGGCCAAUAAUCGGACAACUGGCACGAUGUAGGAUCCAUCUCCAAUUAUUGUGACAGACAGUGUGAGGUGUCGGCUCCGCGUAAUGUCAACAAUGCUUUUGGACACAGGCAGGACGACAAGGGAAGCAUUGCCUUCCCAGUUUACGCGUACUUGAGAAAUCUACCACAGUGGACGUAGAUAGUAUCUCAGAUAUGGGCUAAGAUACAGUGCUCGAUGACUGUAGCAGUCGUCCUGGAAUACGGGAGAGGUGACAGCCGGCGUUGGCCAUGACCUGCCUGCGAUCUUCCCCUUUCACUUCAUCUCCCACUAGCGCCGUCCAUCCAAUUUCACAACGCCUCGGGCUCUCCAUUUCCAUCGGCUAGAGCGUUGUCCUGUGCUUCGUGUCUGUCUUGUUACAACCGGGCGUUGUUUUUGCAUCUGAAUCCUGCUUCUUGCUUUCUUGGUUCUUCGCAGAAAGCACAAAGCGUUAGAACAUAUCUCAGCCCUUUUACUCUGUCCUUCGCUCUUCGAACCAAGCCACCCCCAAGUUCACACAAUACUCAGACCGUCUGCCAGCCAUGAGCAAUGAUUCAGAAGUUGCCUUGACCAACGUUCCCUUCCAGGCACAUUCGCCGGGACCUUCGCCUUCACCUUCUCCGAACCUUCUCCCGACCCCUGACACCGCCAGCCUUUCAUCAAACCGAUCCUGCUCCGGGGUGUCUUCCGUAUCGACUUCUUCCGCGUCAUCCAAUGCUUCGUCGGUUUCUCGAACGAGUGUCACCGCUCGUCGCCGUGGAUAUGUUCGCCCACAAGGAGUAUCGUUUGCCGAAUCGGCCAAGAACAGAGAAAGUGUCAUGUGUCUGGGCAGCAUAGCCCAUUUGCAAUAUUAUUUCGCCCGGACGGGUCUGUUGGACGGGAAAGGGGGUCAGAUGGCAAAGAAGAAGCAGAAUGGAGAAUAUGAUAUUCCUCGGAUGUCUCUGUCAGCAAAUCAGGACAUUGUCGAAUCGCCGAUUGAUGAUGAAGCCCAAGCUCUAUGGGAGGCCGCACAAGAAGAAGGGGCUGAGGUCAUGCUACCGCCAACCGUGUCAACCUACAGUCACCGGUCUCCUAACGUGCCUCCGCCGCCGGACCAGAAAACCAUGAAAAGGGAAUUGGUCGAAGCCCUGGAAAAUGCCUUGCAGGCUGUGGAAUCAUGUGAGAAACUGCCGGCCGAGGGCGGCGAAGAACAAACCGAAGGUUUCUAUCAGAUCCAAGGGCUACACGUCCUCGACACCACCACACAAGCAAUCCGUGCGGCUAGAUUGUAUUACACGCUACAUCCAAACCCGCAAAGGCUGAACUCAAUACGAUCGGAUCAAGAGUUGCGGAAAGACCUCUAUUCUGUUUUGGAUGUGCUCAAGAAAUGUGCCGGUCGUAACUUUGCUGGCGGUCUUAGGGAAGACGAAAGAUUGGCUGUCUUGGUCUGGGUCAGCGAUGUGGGGAUGAUGAUUGAUCAAGAAGCCAAACUCGAAGAGGCCGACAAGCACCAGCGGAAAGACUGGCAUUGGAUGACGGAUUCCAAGUGGAUCGAUCGCGAAAGAGAACGCGACAUCAACUUUCUCGACUUUUUGUUGAAAGGCCAAUGUCAAUCUCCCCACGAUCAGCAGGAUGUGGACCCAGAAUACUUCAAGAGUCUUGCUGAUGGUAGAGACCUUGUCCGGAUGCACAAUGCGGCUGUGGACCGAUCCAAAAAGCGGUUUGACUUUAUCAAAAGCUUCCACGAGGAUGUGACCAAGCCGUACCGACGGGCCGACAAUAUUCGUUUUUGGCUCAAGGCGGCAGAGCUGAGGUGGGAGCUCAGGCUACAGCUAGACGUAAUGGCUGUCGCCAAUCCCGUGGACAAUAGUACUACGUGGUCAUCUUUCGAAAAUGCUGUUCGAGAGUGGAGUCGAGGCGUUCGCGCGGAAUUGGCCAAAGACUGGAAUGGAGAGGAAGAACGGUCACUCCACGCUAGGGCGCGUAGUCUGGCCAUGGCUAGCCCCAUGUCCAGUCCAUCAAGAAAGGCAGAUCAAGCACCUCCUCUCCCCAGUCCCGCCAGGAGAAUGGCAGUCGCACCUAGUCCACUUGCACUAGGCAGUCCGACAAAGACGGUUGCCGGCUCUGAAACACAAACACCCGACAGUCCAACUCCGAAUGGCGCACUCAGCAGCUGCGAGGAAGAGUCAUAGGAUAAGGUUCAAGUUGCCCUGAGCUGGAUCAUCAUGGGGGGCACUUUUUCCUUCAUUGAGGAGGAUUUCUUUUUCCACCCAAAGCAUUACGAUACCCACGCAAAACGUUAAGCAGCAAGCGCUAAUCAUACAGAGAUAUUUGGAGAGAUUCAUGGUUGUCCUGGCCCUUUUAAUGUUACAUACGUUGUACUUCAUAUGGCAUGAAGCCUGCACCCUUAACGUGUCGAGAGCAUAUUAUUGUUUCUUGCAGUCUGUGCUGGUGUCUCAGACCGAUAGGUAGCAGAGUCUACAUAUGUCAUAAAGACGCUUGAUAUACUUUGUCCAUUGUACACAAUAGGCUAGUGAUACCUCUGCUUCCCAAACUUAGCA